AUGCUUUCGAGAUGUCGAUAUUCGAUUCACACGUUUUAUUUAAAAACCGUAAUCAUCUUCACUUUUCAUCUUCACAUCAAAAUGACAAGCUCGGGAAAACACCCAGUGGGUCUUUUCCAACAACCGACGACCUACAGACAUGAUUUUCAUUGGCAUGACCCGAUCCGAAGAACUCCAGCGGGGGGAUGUCGGAAGAAAAAUUUACUAGUGGCACUAAAGAAAGACCCUCCCUGUCCGCUGCCAGAGACAGUGACAAGCUAUGACACUCUUCAACAGUUGGAUUACAAAACCAGGCUUCCAUUCGACGCGAUGUUGAGACCUAAGGAGAUCAUUGCCACUCAUCCACAGAAACCGUUUUCCAAAAGGAUAAUAGGAUCUGACGAAGGCUUGCCGGAGGCAAUCAAAACAAGACCUCGGCUGUACGUGAGUCCAGGAAUAAGUCUGGAUAAUGUAGAGAAUCCAGAUACUAGAAAGUUGAUGCUCGAUUUCACAUAUACAACAACAUCAGGUCGAGCAGAAAAAGAAGUAUGGUCGGGCUUCAAACCCAGAGUGCUCUUGCUUCCAGAUACAGUCUUUGAAAAAAAAGUUGAUCCGCUAGCAUUGCGGAUUCAACUGAUCCCGGAUAUUCCAGCAGGUUUUCAAGCCGCUGCUAGAAAGUGGGACAGUCUUCAAGAACGAUGGUGUAUCGACAAAACUCCACAAUUCAUCAAAAAUCAAGAGGAACACACCAACGAUUUGGGAGUGAAGGAUACCAUAAGUAUGGAAGAAAAAGAAAAAUUGCGGACCCUGCUGCGGGAAAAUGAAUUGAGAUUGCCAUACCUGCUAAUGCCGUCAGGUUACGGAGGUUUCAGACCUCGUCUUGCCACUGGAGUGAAGUUGGCAAGCGAGGAACUGUCGCCUUACGAUCCCAAUCUCUCCGUCUCCAAAGCUGUCACAGCGAGAUACGCGGCUGCGGGAUCGAGGCCCUAAAUUGUGAGAGCAAAACAAUGAUCGAAGAAAGAUUAUUGGAACGAUAUUAUAUUACUCUUUAUUUAGAAUAAAAACUUUCGCCCUA